GGCCGCGCUCGGCCGACGCGAUGGAUCUAUUCGACUUUUUCCGGGAUUGGGACUUGGAGCAGCAGGGUCACUAUGAACAAGAUCGGAAUGCACUUAAGAGAAAAGAAUGGGAGCGGAGAAAUCAAGAAGUCCAGCAGGAUGAAGAUCUCUUUGCCUCUGGCUUCAAUCUCUUUGGGGAACCCUACAAGACUAACAAAGGUGAUGCUCUUGCCAACCGCGUCCAAAAUACGCUGGGGAAUUAUGACGAGAUGAAGGAUUUGCUGACAAACCAUUCGAACCAGAGUCAUCUUGUAGGAAUCCCAAAGAACUCUGUGCCACAAACCCCAGUAGAUAAAAAUGAACAGAGCUUCUUCCCGGAACAAAGAAACCGGAUGAUCCCACCCCACCAGAUUAGUGGCCACUCGUCAGCAUCAAUGCCUCCUCCACCUUCCAUAUCAUCAAAUUCUGGUUUGCUGCAUGGUCACCAGAGCAGCAGGAAAUCCAGGACUGACUGGUCCCGUGGCAGCCACAACUCCAGCAGUGGCCAGGCAGGUCAAUCUGGUAGCCAGCAGAGUAGGACGAAACAUAGCACCUCUCAUGAGCAGUUGCAAGGCAGGUACGAUGACCUCUACACCUGCCCAGGUGAGCAGCAUAAAACCGGAGGAGCUGAGGAAGCCAACACAACACCGUCGUCGUCACACUCGAGAAGGCAUAAUCAUUCCAAAUCGACGGCGGUGGAACAUUCGUAUAAAGAAAGCAGCCAUUCAAAGUCUCCGGUAGACCUUGAUUUUCUGGGCCAUGGCCCUGGGUCCCCACUCCCUUCCACCUCUUUGUUGUCUGCCAACAACAGUCUCUCAACUCAGAACUUUCCUCCAGGCCUUCAUUGUAAGAGUAGCAUGACACAGCAAAAGCCUACUGCUUAUGUUAGGCCAAUGGAUGGCCAGGACCAAGUUCCCAAUGACUCGCCAGAACUGAAGCCGCCAGUAGAAAUUGAAGGUGUGUAUGGAAACCAGCCCUUCGGAUCACUGCUGGAAGGAAAGGCUACCGGACUGGGCUCGAAGAAUAAACUACCAAAGCUUACCAUCCCUCAAGCUAGUGAAGUUACCCUUCCCAAUGAUUCCAGCUGUGUGGAGGAAAUAUUACGGGAGAUGACCCAUUCCUGGCCUCCACCUCUCACUGCUAUCCACACACCUGGGAAGGCAGAACAGAAUAAGUUUUCCAUUCCAAACAAAGUGCAGGAUUCGCAGCAUCUGACCUCAGGAUACAAUGUGCAAAAAUGGAGUGAACCAGCUGGCAAAGUUGCAACCAAAUCAGUGCCACAGAAAUCAAUGCUUGAAGAUGAUCUGAAACUCAGCAGUGAUGAAGAUGAUAAUGAGCAGGCUGCGGAGAAGACGAAGCCUCGAAACAUUCCUGUAAAUGGCCUUCCAUUGACGACAACACAUAACACCGUCUUAGUCCAUUCCAGUGGAGGCUCUGGGAGCUCCAGUGAAUCCGAGAGCAGCUCUGAAUCUGAUUCGGACAGUGAAACCAGCUCCAGUGACAGUGAAUGCAAUGAAGAGUCACGCAGCGGGACUCCAGAGCCUGAACCCCCCUCAGCUAACAAAUGGCAGCUGGAUAAAUGGUUGAACAAAGUCAAUCCCCACAACAAGACCAUCAUCAGCAACCAGCAUGAGAGCCACAGUGAGACUAGCUCACAAUCUCAGAGCAACCCACCGAUCGAGGGACAGAACAAAGGGAAGCUGAGCAGCAGCCUGGCCCUGACCGAUUCCAAAGACAGGGCGCUACGUAGUCCCAUCCGCGAGAAAGCCAAACCCCGGGUUGCCCAGAAAGCUCCAGCAGAAGCAAAAAGCUCGAAGCAGAAAUCACCAGCUCACAAUGAACCCCCCUCCCAAAGGACUACCGGGAAAAAACAACCCAAAAAGGUAGAAAGGACUUCCAGCACUGAAGACUAUAAUUGGCCCAAACCAAAUAAUACCAGCAGCACACCCAAAGAGAAGGAAAUGCAAGACUCUCAAGAACAGCCAAAAGUCCGCACCAAGGUAACCGCCGGGAAGACGGCUCCGAGGAAAGAACCAAGGACGAGCGUGGGGCCUGCUCCCGAGAAGAAGAAGUACAGAGGCCCCAGCAAAACUGUCCCCAAAUCCCGAGAAUUCGUGGAAACGGAUUCGUCCACCUCCGAUUCAAACACCGACCAGGAAGAGGGGCUGCAGGCAAAGAACCUGCAGGCCUGCAGCGGCCCUGAUAAUAGCACUAAAGCCAAGGACUCCAGCAGCAACAUCCUCAGCGUAAGUAGCCUAACAAGCAACAGCAGCAAUACCUCCAUGGACCAAAACGGCAACGAUUUAGAGGAGCAGCUUUUCUCGCCUAUCCCAAUCGUGCAGAAUGAACCCCUUUCCCCGCUCAAAGAGUUUGAAGAGCUCAAAUAUCUUUGGGUGAAAAUAGACCUGAGUUUACUCUCUCGGAUCCCUGGACAAGACCCCUUUGAGAGCACACCUGGGAAAGCAGAACCCCGUGAGGUUAACACGAAGCACAGGCGACAGUCCCGGGAGUCCCCGACACCAGCUGUUGAAAAACCCUCCACUAAAUCAAAAAGGAAGCACAAGCAGUCGGAGAAUUUGGACGCAUUUGGAGAAAACAAGAAACAACGCCUGGAGGAGUCGUCUAUGUCUUGUCUGCUUCCGCCCUGCAUCUCUCCAAUACCCAAUCACAGAAUAACCAACGCAAAAGACAACAACUCAGUUAAAAAGGUGACUAAGAAGAGAGAAGAGAAGCUGCUCCCCCCGCCGUUAUCUCCUUUGCUAGAUGAGACGGUGCCCAGACGGAACGACAGCGGCUCCUUCAGCCAAGAAAACAACCCGGCAAACCCCUUGCAGGCCAACAGCUGCUCGAAACACAGGAAAAACGAGAACAAGUCCUCUUCUAACCCAAAGGGAAUCUGUGAGGACGACCCCCGCAGCAGGCCCGCAAACACUCUGCUUGACUCCAGCCAUCUAGACAAUGAUAUCUGGUCUGCAGCACCUGCCUUCGCCAAUGGGGAUCCUGAGCCGAGGAGACCUAAGAUCACAUUCGAUGACAUGCUCCACAAUGCAGAUUACUACAUGCAAGAGGCCAAGAAGUUAAAGCACAAAGCAGAUGCCCUGCUGGAAAAGUUUGGCAAAGCCGUGAAUUAUGCUGAUGCUGCCCUUUCCUUCAUUGAGUGUGGGAAUGCUAUGGAGCGCGAUCCAUUAGAGGCGAAAUCUCCGUACACCAUGUACUCGGAGACUGUGGAACUCAUCAGGUAUGCAAUGAGGCUCAAAAACUUCACGGGCUCUUCCGCUACAGAAGGAGACAAGAAGCUAGCAGUUUUAUGCUACCGAUGCUUAUCUCUUCUCUACCUGAGAAUGUUUAAACUAAAGAAGGACCAUGCUAUGAAGUACUCCAGAUCACUGAUAGAAUACUUUAAGAAUUCUUCCAAAGUUUCACAGGCCCCUUCUCCUUGGGGAGGCAAUGGAAAGAGCACAGAAACGCCAUCCCCCAUGUCCUUGAGCCCAUCGCCCAUCAGUUCUCUUGGGACUGCCGCAGGCACCGCAGGGUCCUCCUCUGCAGGGACCAUCACCAUUCCCCAGCGCAUCCACCACAUGGCUGCCAGCCACGUCAACAUCACCAACAAUGUGCUGCGGAGCUACGAGCACUGGGACAUGGCCGACAAGCUGACGAAAGAGAACAAAGAGUUUUUCAUAGACCUGGACUCCGUGAUGGGUCCCUUAACACAACACAGCAGUAUGACCAACUUGGUCCGUUAUGUUCGGCAAGGACUCCAUUGGCUUCGCAUUGAAGCGCACUUGUUGUAGUAACUGCCAUCCUGUUCAUCACAGCUCCGUCCUGUUACGUCCUCCAGCGCACAGGUGAUCACUGGUGGAACAGCACUCUUUUCGGGAACUGUAUUCAUAGAGCUUAAUUUUUAUCGCUUUUUUCCUCUUCCUUAAAACAAAA